CUAACUUGGAAGAAUGACAACAGUGCAUACGUUUUUGUGGCUAUAUCUGACUAGCGUCGCUUUAAUAUCACGCAGUGCGCUUGCCUAUGAUCCGAACGAUACCAAAAUCGCCUCAGUUAUUCCUCCCGAAGGAUAUUUCGAGGCAUUUUAUCCAAGGGAAAUGGAUGGCGUUCCGAACAGUGCUUCUCGUCCAGCACAUGCUCAUGGCAGCUUUUUCAAACAUCGCAAUCCUGCACUGGUAGAUACAAAGAAUGCAGCAGCAUAUGGAUAUCGAUUUGAUGGUAAACGCCGUUUUAAUCUAAAGUGAUUCAAAAAUCGCAUUGACAUUAUAUUGGAAUCAAAAAAAAAAAAAAAACAUUCGUAAGGGCAUUGAAAUUAAAAAAGAAAUAUUAAAGUAAUUUUCCAUUUGAUAAUGCCGUAUUGAACGGG